GGCGCGGCAGCGCGAGGUGACCUGAAUCACGGUUCCCGCGGGCGGCGACGCCACAGCGCCCACUACCUCGAGCAGGUAACCGGCCGCGGCCGCGCGGCACUGCCUCAGCGGCGUGUGAAGCAGGGACUCCCCGAGAGCGAAGCGUGGAGACCGCGGGGACGCGGCGGGGGAGAGAGCCAGGGGGCUCAGGUGUGGGGUCCCGGGCGCUUCCUCGGGAUAUGAAACAAAUGGCUAAAAAUGGAAAAGGCAAACAAGUGUUGAUAAGAAUGUGGAACAACCGGAACUCUUGUACUCUGCUGGUAGAAGUGUAAAUUGAUGGCAGUAUCUACUAAAGUGAAGCAUAUGAAUAAGUUACGCCCAAACUAUACCUGACAAAACUCUAGAAACAACAAACUAAGAUUAAUAUUAAAAUCGGAAGUUUGUAUCUUUUGCUGGAUAUUGGAGAUUUAAUGUAAUGGCAACAGAAUUUAUAAAGAGUUGCUGCAGAGGAUGUUUCUAUGGUGGAACAGAAAAACACAACUUAUCUGUGGAAAGAGACUUUAAAGCAGCAGUAUCACAUAGUCAAAAUACUACUAUCUCUAUACCCCCAUUGACUUCUGUUUCUGUAAAGCCUCAGGUUGGCUGUACUGAGGAUUAUUUACUUUCCAAGUUACCAUUUGAUGGCAAAGAAGUACCAUUUGUGGUGCCCAGGUUUAAGUUAUCUUAUAUUCAGCCCAGGACGCAAGGAACUCCUUCACAGUUGGAAGAACUAGAAGGAUCUGUCAGAGCAUCAUUUGGAGACAGAAAGGCAGAACUUUCCAGUUCAGCCCAGCAUGGACCCAGCUAUGAUGUAUAUAACCCAUUCUACAAGUACCAGCACGUGUCGCCUGAUUUGAGCCGGCGCUUUCCUCCUCGUUCUGAAGCAACAAGACUAUAUGGAUCAGUUUGUGACUUAAGGACCAAUAGACUUCCCAGUUCCCCUGGGCUAAGCAAGUCUAUGUUUGAUCUUACAAGUUCAUCUCAGCGGUUCAUUCAGAGACAUGAUUCAUUGUCCAGUGUGCCUAGUAGUUCUUCUUCGAGGAAAAAUUCUCAGGGGAGUAACAGAAGCCUGGACACAAUUACUCUAUCAGGAGAUGAAAGAGACUGGGGGAGAUUAAAUGUGAAAGUGUUUUAUAAUUCUUCAGUAGAGCAGAUCUGGAUCACAGUUUUACAGUGCAGAGAUUUAAGUUGGCCCUCUAGGUAUGGAGAUACUCCUACUAUUUCUGUAAAAGGAAUACUAACAUUGCCCAAACCAGUGCAUUUCAAAUCUUCAGUCAAGGAAGGCUCUAAUAAUAUUGAAUUUAUGGAAACUUUUGUAUUUUCUAUUAAACUCCAAAGUCUACAAACUGUGAGACUUGUAUUUAAGAUUCAAACCCAAACUCCCAGAAAGAAGACCAUUGGAGAAUGCUCAUUGUCACUCAGAACUCUUAGCACACAGGAGAUGGAUUACUCUCUGGACAUAUCACCACCUUCAAAAAUUUCUGUUUGCCACGCAGAACUUGAACUAGGGACUUGUUUUCAAGCAGUGAAUAGCAGAAUUCAGUUACAAAUUCUUGAGGCACAGUACCUUCCAAGUUCAUCAACACCCCUAACUUUGAGUUUUUUUGUGAAAGUGGCAAUGUUUAGCUCGGGAGAGUUGAUUUAUAAGAAGAAGACACGCUUACUGAAGGCCUCCAAUGGAAGAGUAAAGUGGGGAGAGACUAUGAUUUUUCCACUUAUACAGAGUGAAAAAGAAAUUAUUUUUCUCAUUAAGCUUUAUAGUCGAAGCUCUGUAGGAAGAAGACACUUUGUGGGACAGAUUUGGAUAAGUGAAGACAGUAAUAACACUGAAGCAGUGAGCCAGUGGAAAGAGACAGUCACACAUCCAGAAAAGGUUGUUAUUAAGUGGCACAAAUUAAAUCCAUCUUGAAGACGCUGCACAUUAAUUUGGUGACGAACUUGACAUUCUUUUCGAGGACUUAUGAUUUUAAUUUGCUACCAAUUUAAAGAAAUCAGUACAUUUAUUUAUGGAGGCCAUAUUACAGUAAUAUAAUGGAUCUAAUAGAAAAUUAAACUUGGUAAAAAAUGGGAUGAAUUAUAUCAGAUACCCAAAGUAAAGGAAAUGUUUAAAGACAGUAGGGCAACUAAAUAAAUUAUAAAGUCAGUAGGAAUAUCAGUCAUAGAUAGUUACUGCUGUAUAAUGGUUAUGAGUAUUUUUAAAGCUUUACAUAGAUAUUAAAAAUCCAAUAUAUCAAGUCUCUGUUAGUACAAGUGGACAUAUAGAAGACUGCCACUGUUUCAGUCCUAGUCAUUAUUGAUUAUAUCUUAACUCUACUGUUUUAACUCCUUGCUACAUAUUUUCCCUCAGAAAGCAAAAAUGAAUUGAACCACUUCAACUCUUCUUAUUUGGGGAAAGUUUGUGGCCUAUGUUUAUCAUUAUUUACCCAUAAGUUGUCACAUUGCCACUUUAUAAGCUAUUUAUCUCUAAGAAAUCUCAGACAUAGAAAACUACAUUUUGGCAAGAAUAGAAUAAAUGAAAACACCAGAAGGUUGAAGUUUAAUUGGAAAUUCAGUGUACAUACAUUUUUCUGUAAGGUUAUCAUCCAUAUAGCCCAUCCUAAUUAGCAGAAUUAAUUGAACUUAAAUAACAAAUUCAAUAUUUUAUGAUAAUACUUAUUUUUUUAAGUUUUUUAAAUAUAAAUUACUUGUUCUA